AUGGUCAGCUUUGGAGCUCGAAUCAAGGACUUCUUUUCGGUACUCCUGUUUGGAGCUGCCUCCACCUCUUCUUCCACCAAGACCGCUCUUGUUUCGCAGGGCUUCUACGAUGCUGCUCUGGACUUUUCCCAUCUGUCCAACAUUGCGUACUGUGUGAAUGCCCCCAUCACUCCGUUAAAGAGCGACUUCUCCUGCGGCCAGUCAUGUGUACAUUUCCCGGAUAUUGAGCUGGUCCACAUCUUUGGAGGCGACUUCUUCUCCACAUCUAUCACCGGAUACCUUGCUCUGGACCACGUCAAGAAGGAGAAGUAUGUGGUCUUCCGAGGUACCUUCUCCAUUGCCGAUGCUAUCACCGACAUCCAGUUCCAGCAGUCCUCCUUUCUGGUAAAUGUUCCCGCUCUCAACACCUUCAUCGCCAACGAUACAGCUCCAGAGGCCCAGAUCGAUUGCAAACAGUGCAAGAUCCAUGACGGCUUCUCCAAGGCUUUCACCGAGACCUGGCACAACAUCGGAGACCUGCUGGAGCAGCAUCUCGACUCGUAUCCAGACUACCAACUGUACGUGACGGGACACUCUCUGGGAGCCGCAAUGGCGUUGUUGGGCGCCACCUCCAUUAAACUGAGAGGCUACGACCCCAUCCUGAUCAACUACGGACAGCCCCGAGUUGGAAACAAGGCGUUUGCAGACUACAUCUCCGCGCUGUGGUUUGGUAAUGGGGACGGCCUGGAAAUCAACCAGCAGCGAAGAUUGUAUCGAAUGACCCACUGGAACGACGUGUUUGUGGGCCUGCCCAACUGGGACGGAUACACUCACUCCAAUGGAGAAGUGUACAUCAAGGGCAAGUACGUCAACCCUCCUCUGAAGGACGUCUUUUCUUGUGCAGGAGGAGAAAACUCCAAGUGCUACCGAUCGGAAUUCAACCUGCUCGCACAAAUCAAUCUUUUGCAGAACCAUCUCUGCUACAUUGAUUACAUUGGUUUCUGUGCUCUGAACGUCGGACGACGAGAACUCAACGACUUGCCCCAUUACAAUGGUCCGUACAAGUAUGGACACAAAACCGAGGAGCAGUUUAUCGCCGAGGGUCUCGAGCUCUCCAACUAA